AUGAUCCAUAAUACAACCAAGAAAGAGUUUGACUUAGCUCUCAACAAGUUCAACAAAGUUUCUGAUAGUACGAAGGUAAAAAAUGGCAAGCAAAAAGUGCCAGCUGCAGUUUACUUCAAUGACAAGUGGGUUGUAUGUAAGGAGAAGUGGGUAGGCUACCUUACUUCCAAAUUGAUGCAUUUUGGGUGUACAACGUCGCGAAGAGUGGAAAGUGCACAUCAUGCUUUGAAAAGAAGUAUAUCUGCUAUAGAAUCUCUGGACCUUGCCUUCGAGAGUAUUGAAAGAUACAUCGAAAGUCUUUCUCAAGCCUUUCGAAAUGUAGAGGUAAGGGAAUCUAUGACGGUUGACCCUCUUGUUGAACGAAACAAUCUUUCAUCCAAGCUACUCAUGAAGGUGUCAAAGCGAGCUUUACUUUUGGUAGACCAGGAGAUUCGGGUUGUGUGUGACAGCAGUACUUAUUGCAAAUGUAUGAACAAGCUUCAAUAUGGUUUACCUUGCCGCCAUUGUUUGCCUGCUGGAAGGGAAAUAUGUAUUUCCGAUAUUCCUGAAAUGUGGCUGAUUGAACCUAGAAUGGCGAAACAAGCCAAAAAUACUCUCGAAGAAACAAUCAGAGUUGAUAAAAAACCAGAGGUGUGGAUGGAGGAGAUAAUUAAACUUGAGACACUUUUUCGCUCUUGUGAGGGUAGCCAGCAAGUAGCUAAACUCUUGAAUAAGAUCAAGAAUGUUACUUCUGAAUUCGAAGGCAAAACUGGGAACCCUUCGAUUAACUUUCAAGCCCCAGAAAAAAUCAAGUACCCUGACAAACGGAAUGAUAGUGCACGUCCAACCAAACAAGAGUCUCUCGACCCAGUUUCUGCCCCCCAAAAAAAUGGGUUGAUAAGACCUGUCACCGCUCUAGAAGAUUACCAGUAUGAUAAGCGCACCUCUGUUGGCAAGAGGGUUAAAUUCCAGCCCGGUUUUCCUGUCUCUCAUGAGAUAGUCGGUGUCGUUAAGGCUUCAGACACAUAUAUACGACCAGUCUGUGCCUACUCAUAUAGCCCCAACACCACUUCUGUGUCGUUUCUUCCCUUUGCUCAUCCCAAAAACACCUCAAAACAGCAACAACCUCUGAUUUUUAAUCAUGUUAACAAUAACGACUGGACAACAGUAAACCUUUCCCGCAAUAUCUCAAGGAAAUGGCCAAUUAUUCCUGAGUUAUUCCUUUUGGGCUGUGUCAGAAACCAGAUUCCCAACAGCUUUGAUACUUACUGGAACAAGUUUAAAGAGUUCAAUAAACAAUCUUGUUUAAACCUUUAUAAAUCUUAUCAAUCUGUUUCUUUGCGUCCACAUAAACUAUCUAUCACUUGCGAGUUAAAUGACUCUCCUCUCUGUUUUUUCAUAGAAAUCAUUUGUGGGAAGUACUUUACCCUUCGAGUUACACUUAUAUCCAGCGAAUUAAAAAGCAUAAAUGUCGAAUAG